CCAAGCAUUUGGGAGGCGAUUACAGAAGGUUUCUAGAGUGUCCAAGCAUUUGGGAGGCGAUUCCAGAAGGUAUCUGAUGCCCUUAUGGCGAGAGGGAAGUUGUCGGAAGUCCAGAGAUGCACGAUCUUCUUUAGCCGACUGCCCAGAGGGAAACAAAAGGCGGUGCUGAGGGAGACGCCUCACGAUAAGUUAGAGUUCAGUGCGUUACUCAAGUUGACAAUGAAGGCUGAGGCAGAUGAUUACAAGGAUUUACUCUGGAGGGGCAUGCAGCGUCGGGACUUUUCCCUCUAUCGGGAGUACGGGAUCGAUAGGUGUCCAGACUUUAACGAUCAGCCGUGGGCAGAGCGACGAUAUUUGAUGGACAGAGACAGACCCCAACGGUCGAGGGAUAGCGAGACGGUGAUAGACGAGAUGAGAGAGAUGAUGAAGGGAAUGGCCAGACAAAUGGCAAAUUUCAAGACGAAGGUUGGGGCGAUUACAUACCGGGACAAGCCCGGGUCUCCCUAUUCAUUGCGAUGGGACCGUAGGAAUAUUGACCCAUGGAGGAGCGUCGAGGAUCGGAAUCCUCGCACUCUGGCAGAUUACCGUGCGAGGGAAAGGGAUCACGAUACCUGGCGACGUAGAGAUGAUGACAUAGACAGAGAUCGCCGACGUGACGGAUACCGAGGAGUAGACUCUUUUAGUCAAGGAGGAAGAGUGGAGCCGUAUCCCCACAGUCCCAGAUACGGAGGGAGCACGGAUGGAUACCGCCCGAACAACUUCAAUUCUAGGGAUAGAGAGGAUUCCCAUGGCCGAUGGGAAUCAGAUAGGGACCGCCGUGACGGAUAUCGCGGCGGUACUGAGCGGACAGAGAAAGGCAGAAGUCGCAGGGAAGAACCGCGCAGACGGUACGAACGAGGGGGAUACCCUACGUCGCCUGGAUACCCCAAGUCCCCAAACUAUCUCAAAUCUCCUGGGCCAUCCAACCAGGACGCUAGACGGUCGGCAUUUACGGGAACGGAGGAGCAACCCCCUACUCCUAGGAACUCCUGUAUCUAUUGCAGGGCUGACGAUCACGUGAAGAGGGACUGCCCUGACCUCAUGCGAGCAAUAGAUGAAGGACUUGUCGUACUUGAUGAUCGCAAGUAUGUCAAGUGGGCAGAUAACCUUGGCGAGGUAUCGAUGUUCCCUUCGAUGCAGGAGAACGUUGAAGCCAGGCGGGUACAACCAAGUAAGGGUAAGGGAGUCACAAGGAGCCAGAGUGUGAGGCUGAGCCUGACUUCUGAUGAGGAGGCUCCCAUGACAACUAUACGAGUGGCGGCGACUAAGUCCGCAAGGGCGUCCUCCUCUAAGAAGGCUGACACUGAUUAUGUGAUGACAGAGAAAGAUGGGCAGAGGAUAGAAGGAAAGGAAGUUAUACUCUCGCCGCGCAACCGCGGAGCCAGAAAGUUCACAACGAAGAGCACUUUGGAUGACAUAGACACGAUCGAGCUUCUCAGGCGCGCACUUAGGCAGCCAAUGCAAUGCACGAUACUUGAGUAUUUGGCAGCCUCGAGACCUGCGCGAGAUGAGUUGCAGAUGAUCACGCGCAAGACGCGCAUUCCUCUGGGCGAUGAAAUCCAGAUGGCUUCCAAACAGGAGGUACUACCCUCUGUAGCAGUAUCGGGUGUGAUCGCUAAAGCGGAACGUGCAACAACGAUGUUCUUAGAUGGGAUGGAAGGUGUGCCUCCUGACAAGUUUUAUAUUCUGGGCAGUGGGACAAUACAGACUAUACUCAACGACGAGGUAGUCCUUCAUGCCGUAAUUGGUAAUGGUAGCGAGGCUGUCAUCAUAGAUGAGGAGCUUGCUGUGCGAUUGGGACUGGACCUCGACAGGUCAUACCAAUUCGAGAUAGAGACAGCCGAUGGGAGAAAGCAGAAAUUCGCUGGGGUCUGUCACAAGGCGGCGAUCGAGGUUGAAGGAUUGCGAGUGUUGAUGCCUGUUUUCGCAGUCCGGGACUGUAGCUCGGAGUUACUAUUGGGGCGGACAUGGCUAAGCCAUGUCCACGCGGUAACUAUAGAGCGACCGGAUGGAAGCCAGAUGCUUUCCAUCAAACGUCCAGAUGGUGGGCGAAUUAUGAUGGAGACUGUACAGCCUCGUGAUCCGAGAAAAAGAGCGGUUCUCGCAGCAGGGGGCCGCAAGCCAGUCACCCUUGCGAGUUGCUCCCUGAGCUUUCGCGAAAAGAAGUAUGGACCGUUACUUACAGAAGAAGUAGAGGUUGAGGACUUAGGCGAGCGAAUCCAUGUGGGGGGAAACUCCUAUCCUAAGGCUGAAGAUGAGGAAUUCAGAGGAAUGGUUUCUGUUUGUUCGCCUUACGGUGCCCCUGUUCUCUUCGUCCGGAAGAAGAACAAAGAUCUACGGUUAUGCAUCGAUUAUAGAAAACUUAACGCACAAACCAUAAAGAACACCGGCCCUCUCCCUCGGAUCGAUGAUCUCCUUGAGCGGUUAGGCGGCGCGACGUACUUCUCGAAGUUGGACUUGAAGUCGGGUUACCACCAGAUUGAAAUCCAGCCUCAAGAUCGGUACAAAACCGCGUUCAAAACGCGGUACGGGCACUUUGAGUGGGUUGUCAUGCCAUUUGGCCUCACCAAUGCCCCCGGGACUUUCCAAGCAGCUAUGACAACUAAGUUUCGCGACUUGCUCGAUCGCAGCGUCCUCAUCUACCUCGAUGACAUCUUGGUUUAUAGUAGGAAGUUGGACGAGCACAUCGUACACCUUCGCGCUGUUUUGGAUCGUUUGCGACUGGCCAAGUACAAAGCGAAUCGCGACAAGUGCGAGUUCGCCAAGCAGGAGCUUGAGUACUUGGGUCACUAUGUCACGCCGAAAGGCAUUCGUCCCUUAGUGGACAAGAUCCAAGCCAUCGUGGAUUGGCCGGAACCCCGUUGCACGACGGAUGUACACUCUUUCAUGGGUUUGGCUGGAUAUUAUCAGCGAUUCGUCGAGUCAUACUCGAAAGUGGCCGCUCCCUUGUCGAGACUACAGUCCCCAAAGACAGAUGGCCAGACGGAGCGAGCACACCAGACCGCUCAGAUGAUGUUGCGUACGCUCAUCCGUCCCGACCAAAAAGAUUGGGUUGACCGGCUUCCCGACAUUGAGUUCGCCAAUAACACUUCGGUGCACCCAGCGAUCUGCGUCACACCAUUCGAGUUACAUCAUGGUGGAGAGAAAGCACGAAUCUUCGCUGAUUUCCUUCUACCACGGGCCGCCGACAUAGGCGUCCCUUGCUCUCCCGCUUCCGUUCGGAAGUACCGGGACUUGCUGAUCAAAGCCCGCGCGAAUAUGCAAAAGGCUCAAAUCCGCAUGCAACAGCAAGCUAACCGACGUCGACUCCCAUGUCCUUUCCGCGAGGGAGACCUUGUUUGGGUCCUCUCCGAGGAAUUUGCGCUCGAGCAGGAUGUUUCGCGCAAACUCCUUCCGAAAUGGUUUGGACCAUGGAAGAUUACUUCUGCGGUUGGAGACAACCCCGCCGAUCCUUCCUUCACGAUCGCCAUUCCACCGCACCUGACAGUGCACCCGGUCUUCCACGCAUCGAAGCUGGCCAUCUAUACGCCACCUUUUGCUGACGAGUUUUCGGGCCGACGAUCACAGGAUCCGCCUUCUAUGGACGGACAUCAGGAAGUCGACCGAGUCAUCACGCUCCGCAAGUACGGCAACAAGCCAAUGCAGUUCAAAGUCACAUUCAAGCAAUGUGCGCCUGACGACACUCGGUGGAUCUCUCGUGCAGACUUGCAGACUUCUGCACCCCUUAUCUUCGCCAACUAUGAGAAGCGACGACUUGGCAAGGAAGCAGCUCGUCCCGCCCGACCCACCCCGGUAUCGGACAGAUAACUCCGCCCUCGCAGGUAGCUCGGUCUUUUAAGAGG